UCUGUCAGAUACAAGCGAAGGGCGUGAGCGCGUAUCAUUCCAUAGAAAGAGGUUUGAAAGCAAGACACCUUCACUAGAGAAUAUUCGACAACCAACUGCUUCUAAAGCAAAAUUAAGUUCUAGAUCAGUUGCCAGGCAAUCGACAUUUGACAGCGGUUAUUCUGAUGAAAAUGGACACAUCCUUAGCCUCAAUGGUCGUGACCGUUCAAACUCUUCCUCGAAGAAUAAAAUGGUACGCGUGGGUAAUGACAUUACUAUGGCUAAUGCCCAGAUUUCAUCAACACCUCAGCCCAUACGGCCCGUUAGAGAAAAAGACGAUAUCGCUACAACAGCAAACAGCUACAAGAACCAAGGGAAUGAGACCAAAACGUACGAGUCAGGGGCUAUACGCAAACGAUUACAGAGUGGAUCAGAGAGUGCACGAAAUCAACUGCUCUCUGAGAAACCACGUCUUGGAGUUGAGAAUAUGAUUGAAGACGAGGAAAUUAUAGCGGUUACCAACAGGCGACCAAGUUUUAGCGCCAUUAAUUUUGAUCUUUCACACCUUCAACACGUGUUGGACUCGCAAGACCAAGAGCAAACUCCUGAUCUAUCACCUGGUCCUACCAAACAAAUAGAAGGUACCCCUACCAUCGACAAUCAGCCCUCUGAUUCUGGUAAUGGCGUAUCCUUUCUGGAUACCGAUCGUAGUAGUGUGUUGAGUGACAAAAGGGAUGACGGGACGAAUCAGACGUCAUAUGAUGUCACAAUGGCCAGCUCGAACGUUUCUUCUGUUUACGGCGGUUCGUACCGUACCUUGAAGAAUGAUAAAGAGGUGCCGGUAAGUAAACUCUUGGCAACUUUGGACAAUGACCCUGACUUUACAAUCCGAGAGUUCCUCCGGAAGUUCAUGCCGUCUCUUGGGGGAAACCUAGGACCAACGUUCGCUGAGGAUGUCCUGGGCAAGGAUGCGGACAAGUUGUAUCCGACUCUUGAUGCCUUGGAGCAGGAAAUGGAUUCCUCCUGGUCAGAGCUCAAAUCAAAUAUUCCAUCAAGAGCAGGUGGUGAAACCAACAGUAAGAAGAGCAGCAGAAGACACACUCCUCGCGUUGGAACACCUUUCAGUGCACAAAGUUCAUCAGAUAGCUAUUUCUCCUCCAUCAGACCAUCCUGCUGUCAGGCGAUGGGGAUGGGUAUCCAUGAGGGCUUGGUAGGAGUCAAGAACAACUUCCAGGUGGAGACGUCGAAUGCUGGUGAGGGUUCUAUAGCUGUAUUCAUCCGAGGUCCUCGUCCCCAUACCGUGUGUGAGACAAGCGUUACCUUCACCGGGGAUGACCUGUACGAAGUGGUAUACGAGGUCAAUCUAGCUGGAUUCUACGUCAUCUCUGUCAAAUGGGGAGACAAACACAUACCUGAUAGUCCAUUCAUCGUCCAGAUAUCUUUCUAAACCUUUCAAACCUGACUCAAGU